AUGCUGACCACCCUGUGGCUGCUGCUCAGCUUUGCUGUCCCGGUGCUGAGGUCACACUUUUCCAUCAGCUGUCCUAAUCGGCAUUGCCAACUGGCCCUACUCUCAAACAAUGAUAUCUUCCUGCACUGCAAUGCCUCUAGGGCACAGUGGCAGUUCUUCUUCCUACCAGUCAAGACCACCUGAACCAACAACCCCUUCACUAACUCCAACAUGGAAACAAUGCCCGAUGGCAGCCUUCUCAUUAGAAAUCCAUUGCCCUUGCAGACAGGCUUCUACAACUGCCAGGACAAGGAUGGCAAGAAAGUGGUAUAGUACAAAAUUGACUUCCAGGAUAUUGAAACCAUACAUAUCACACACAAAGACCUGGGCCAAGAGCUCCUGCAGAAUGAGACCCUGAUUCUGGGUGGCAAGGAGCUCAUCUUCACCCACUGGGAGCCCUGGCAGGACUGUAACCGCUGUGGGGAGCCAGGUGAGCGCAAACGCCUGGGGUACUGCUACAUCGAGGAGCCCCUGAAAACGCCUAUGCCCUGCUGGCUCUAUCUGGGAGAUGUGAAUCUGUGGUCCAGGCGCAUGCGGCCUGAAAUGCAGGUGGAAGCCUGCCACGUCCAGUGCACGUCAUCAAAUGUGGAAUACGUCACUUUUGACAACUUCAAGCUCAGUGAGAAAUUGGGAUCUGCAUGGCUCACCUGCCCCUUAGGAUCCAUCUACAGGCCCAUCAUCUGGGAAGCCGACAACAACCCCCUGACCUGGAAGGACCAGCUCUCGGGCCAGGCUGUCAGCACCGUCCUGGACACGUCCAACGGCAGCAAUCGGCUGCAGAUCUUCCAGCCAGCCACGUAUAAGUGCUUCGUGCAGCAUGUGCUCUCGGCUCAAUUCAACCCCAAGUCCGAUCUGGAUAUACUGGCGUCUCUGAGCACAGAAGACUUUGAACAACAGCCGGAGGUAGAGGAGGCCCAGAAAGGAAAGGCUGACUCCGUACUCAAGGGGCUGAGGCUGAUGCUGCUAGCGGGCACAGUCCUGGGCCUGCUUGGGGCGCUGCUCAAACUCUUCCACCCUUCCCGGGGCAGGAAGAGAAACCAGGUGUUGCUGGUGAAAUAA